AUGGUAGCAACUUUAGAACAAAGAUACAAACAUAGAUAUAAAGUAUUCAUAUCGAGAUUCCCAGUCGAGGAAUACAAGGUAGCUUCAAAGCGAACGCUGGAUCUUCAUCACGAUCUUGAAAGAAUAUUAAGAGUGUUCAGAAAGAUUUUCUAUGAAAGAUGGAAGAAAACACAUGGUAAAGACUAUGUUGAAAAUCCAGAGCAUGGUGAAAAGGUUACAACGGGAACAUCGUUCGAUGUGAUCAUGGGUCUGGAGAGUAUGAAGAAGAUUAACAGUGGUCGCACCGUAGAUUGGGAUUUCAAGACAUGGCACAACAUUCUUUCAAACUACCCGUGGAAGAACAUACCAGAGAGACAACUGAUCGCGCAGAAUGCAGAUAUCGGUCAGUUCUGUAGUAUGAUGUAUCAGAUGUUCUUCUGGGACGACUCAAAGGACAAGCUAAAGAAGCGACCAUGCAGUCAUGGUUGUGCUCACGAAGAGGAGUUUGAAGUGUGGGAUCACACCUCAAAGAUGCGUCAGAUGAACAUGGACGUCUCGUUGAGAAUCGACAAGACUAUGACCACCAAAGAUUGGAACGGAAUAUGGCGUUCAUUCCAACAGAACGACGACAACUACCAAGCACUUCCACUCUACGACGAUCUCACCGAGAUGGAGCUGUCGAUGGCCUACAAGAAGGAGGCAGACGAACAAAUGGCAAAAGGUAACUUUGUCCUAGCAAUUCACUUGUUGACACUGGCACUCGACUAUCGUUGUGUAACCGAGCAUUACUUGGCUGGACUGUUUGAGCAGCGUGCAACUUGUUAUGUCCAGUGGAUGGAGAACAAUAAGAUGAUUGUCAAAUCAUUUGCUAAGCUGGCAAAGCGUGACAUUCAGAGAUCUAUUGGUAUUCGACCAUGUCAUGCCUCUUCCUACUCGGUGUUGGCGCGUUGUCAUGAUAUUCUGAGUAAGCACAACAAAGCUGCCUAUUUCCACAAGACAGCACUCCAACUCGAUCCAAAGAAUCAAGCUUUAAUGGACGCCAAGAAACGUUCGGAAGAAUUAAAGAAGAAGUCGCCAUACGCUAAACCAAUCGACCCAAUGAAAAUCAUGCCAUUCGUCAUGUCAAGAGGUGGUCUCACCACAAAGGAGCAUAUGAACGUAUUCACCGACCUCACCGAAGCAGAACUAACCACCUACUACAAUGUAUUCGAGGCAGCUAUGGGUGAUGGUUCAAAAGAUCGACGUGAACACUACGACAAAUCAACUGAAGAAUUUAAAAAACAAACGUUUUACUACUCCAACGAUAAGGAAGCGAUUGAAUUGUUUAAGAAAUCAGUCGCAGAAAAGUCGAUACAUGCCGAGUGUUAUGUUGGUGUCGCUCGUCAAUACUUGGAUGGUGGUCCUCUUUGUAAUUCUCCAGACGCCAAGCAAAAGGCAACCGAUUUGUUAAAGAUUGCCAUUCAAAAACCUUUCGUUUUGUCAACUGGUUACAAAAUCAAUCAUGGUGUUGGUGAAGCGUAUCUUCUUCUUGGAAAGCUGGCAUUGGCCGACGAACAAUCGGAACAAGCUCUUGCCUAUCUCCACAAAGCAAUCGAGUUCAACGAUGGUUGUCUAACUCUUUCGAGUGCGGCAUUCCUACUCGGUACAGAGUAUAUCAAGAUCGGUAGCCCCAACAUCGAGAGAGGUUUGGCAAUUUUGAGAGUAGCAGCAGACAAAGGAAGUAGAAAAGCUUCCGUUUCACUGCGUGACUAUUAUCUCCAGAUCAAUGGCGAGGAUUCACCGAAAACCAAGUAUUGGACAUCCUAUGUUAAAUUCCCUCCCAAGUGGGAAGUGGUAACACCCGUUGUAUUCCCAGGCAGUGAAAUUCAGAAACCAUUGGCCAAACCAUCGAACGCGCGUGACAAGAAUAUCAUCAAGAAUUUCCGUGAUCUCCUUUUGAAGAAUGCCAAGAACGAAGUGAAAAUAUCAAAGUCGGCAAAGAUGACAUUCGAAUCUUCAUACCCACCGGCACAUUUCAAAGUCGAGGAAUACAAGGUGGUCGGACAGCGAUCGAUCGACGCCGGACCAACCAGUCCGUUCGCCGGAUUGUUUGGCGCUCACAUUACACAGUGCUAUGAGAAAUGCUAUCUCGUGGGUGUAGUGAGAGAACCGGCACUCUGUAAAGGAGAAACCUUUGAACUGUUGGUACAAGACGUAGAGAACGUCCCAGUGAGAAUCGAAGUGCGUGGUUACAAUCCAAGAAUUUUCAAGAUCGGUAGUAAAUACGCAUUCUUUGCCAUCACCACCUGUCAAUCAGAGUUUGAUAAAGCCAACAUUCACUAUACAGAGUACGUUGCUGUCGGUGGUAUUCCAUUGUCCGAUUUGAUUUGUCGCGCCUGUCUCAAGCCAUGCACAUCGAAAUGCUCGAAAUGUCCGGCACCCUAUUGCGAUAGAGAUUGUCAAGCUUUGGAUUGGAAAGACUUGGAUCACAAAUCACUCUGUGGUUUGAAACUUUACAUUGAAUUCAUACAAAGAUCAAUCGAUCAAAAUAUAGAUCAGAGACAUCUUGCAUUUCUUGAUUCGUCAAAUAAUAUCAAAGAUUACUACGAUAAUCGUAAGCAAUUAAAACCCAACUUUAUUGAAGUUAUUCAAACUCGUAAUAUUAUGUCUGAAGACAUUAGAAGAAUAAGUAACUCCAAUGUAAAUUCAUUGUAA